AUGGCGAGACCAGCGCACCUUGAGCCUUCCAAGCUCGGCACAAGGGAAUAUUGGGACGAGCUGUAUACCACGGAACUAGCGAACCACGCGCACGACCCCGCGGAUACGGGCACGGCCUGGUUCGACGACUCAGACGCCGAGGCGAAAUUGAUCGAGUUCCUCGAGGAAUCCGAGCGCGCGGGGGAAUUCGGACUCGAUGUCCGGAAUACGAGUUUUCUGGACUUGGGCACGGGGAAUGGAGCGCUGUUGUUCGCGCUCAGGGAUAAUGGGUGGGAAGGGGCUAUGUUGGGCGUGGAUUAUAGUGCGCUGAGCGUGAGGUUCGCGAGGAGGAUCGAGAGGGCGAGACGGGACGUACACUUCGCCGAACACGACAUAUUGCAUAGUCCCGCCACAGCGCUGCUAGACGAGCGGUACGCGCCUUCUAUACGGCGUGGGUGGGACGUGGUUCUCGACAAGGGCACGUUCGACGCCAUCUCGCUGUCCGCCGAGACGAUACGCGACGACGCCGACGCCGACACCAGACGCGUGAACGAGGUCUACGGCACGCGAAUCCUCCCCCUCGUCCGCGAGGGAGGGCUAUUCCUUAUCACGAGCUGUAAUUGGACGGAGGCCGAGCUGAGGAGCUGGUUCGGCGCCGCGCGGGAAAUCCUACCGAACGACGGGGAGGGGAACGGGUACUGGGGCUUCGAGGUCGUCGGCCGCGUCGAGUAUCGCAGCUUUAGCUUCGGCGGCGUCAAGGGGCAGACGAUUAGUAGUUUGUGCUUCCGGAAGGUGAGGAGGGGGGGAUAG